GCGGCGGCAAAAGCCCGGGUUUAUAAUAAACGGCGGGGGGGGCCGCGGCGGCUGUGACGUCACGGGGGGAGUCGCCGCCGCCGAGAGGAGCUCGGUGGGCACGGGCGGGCGCGCCGCAGUGGCCGGUGUCCGCCCCGCUCCGCGCCCGCAACUUCCCGCAACAAAGUUGGGUAGCGGCGAGCCGGCCCGGCGGCGAUGUGGGGCUCGGCGGGGGCCUCGCGUUAGUGUCGCCCGCGCCGGCGGUGCGCUGAUUGGGGUAACCCAGUUCUGCCCCCCCACAUCCCUUCUCCUCCACUCCCGGUGAGACCCCCGCGGCCGCCCACGGGGAUGCGGACGCGGCGCUGAACGGUCCGCCAUGGAGGGGCCGAGCGGGUCCAGCUUCGGGAUAGACACGAUCCUGUCGGGUGGCAGCACCGGCAGCCCCGGAGUCAUGAACGGAGAUUUUCGCCCCCACGGCGACGGCCGGCCGGCGGAUUUUAGGAGCCAGGCCACGCCGUCGCCCUGCUCAGAAAUCGACACGGUGGGGACGGCGCCCUCGUCGCCCAUCUCGGUGAGCAUGGAGCACCCCGAGCCGCAUCUAGGGGUGGCGGAAAACCUCCCGCCGCCGCCGCACCACCUCCACCUCGGCCCGCACCCGCCGCCACCGCCGCCGAGUUUGCAGCCGUCGCCCCCGCAGCCGCCGCCGCCCCAGCUGGGCUCGGCCAGCUCCGGCCCCAGGACUUCCACAUCUUCUUUUUUAAUUAAGGACAUUUUGGGCGACAGCAAACCGCUGGCGGCGUGUGCACCUUACAGUACCAGCGUCCCCUCUCCCCAUCACACUCCUAAGCAGGAGGGCAGCGCGGCCCCGGAGAGCUUCAGGCCCAAACUCGAGCAGGAGGACGGCAAAGCCAAGCUCGACAAGCGCGACGACACGCAGGGGGACAUCAAAUGCCACGGGACAAAGGAGGAAGGCGAUCGGGAGAUCAGCAGCAGCCGGGACAGCCCGCCGGUGCGCGCCAAGAAGCCUCGGAAGGCACGGACCGCCUUCUCCGACCACCAGCUCAACCAGUUGGAGCGCAGCUUCGAGCGUCAGAAGUACCUGAGCGUGCAGGACCGCAUGGACUUGGCCGCCGCGCUCAACCUCACCGAUACGCAGGUCAAAACCUGGUACCAGAACCGGAGGACGAAGUGGAAGCGGCAGACGGCGGUGGGCCUGGAGCUGCUGGCCGAGGCCGGGAACUACUCAGCACUGCAGCGGAUGUUCCCCUCGCCUUAUUUCUAUCACCCCAGCCUGCUGGGCAGCAUGGACAGUACGACGGCGGCCGCGGCGGCCGCAGCCAUGUACAGCAGCAUGUACCGGACUCCCCCCGCGCCGCACCCCCAGCUCCAGCGGCCACUGGUGCCGCGGGUGCUGAUCCACGGGCUGGGGCCCGGCGGGCAGCCGGCCCUCAACCCCCUGGCCAACCCCAUGCCCGGCACCCCGCACCCUCGGUGAAACGGCACCGCGGUCCCCGCAACGAGCCCUUCCCCUCCCCGUCCCCAAACAAGCCCCAGCACCGCAGAGGAGGAAGCGAGGGGAAGCCGAGGGGCAGGAGCUUCUGCAGGCAGCCACCGGCCACCGAGGGAGGCGAUCAGUCAGAGCAGGGACUCUUGAACCGUGAACCCAGAGCCAAGCCCGUAAGUGAAACGACCACACGCGGGGGAAGGCGGGCAGAGCCGCGGGGCGACCCGCCGACCUCGGCUCCUGCGAGGCAGGACUUGGAGCUCGGAGAGAGAGAGGGACGGAGGGGGUGGAGGAGGAGAGGGAGAGGGAGCCCGAGCCCGCCGGAGAGACAAAUGGCUGCGGAGGACGGAGGGAAUGAGAGCGCCUCGACCCCCGCCCGGCGGAGAAGACCGGGGAAACAGAGAACUUUGCACUGAUUUUUCUCAUUACCUUUUUUUUUUUCUUAUUGCAAAGUGGCAUGCUCCCUAAUGCGAACAGAAUUGUACAGACCGAGUGCUGAGUGCUAUAUCAUAUUUAUUAUAUGUCGUCCAAAAAAAAGGAGAAAAAAUUUCACUUCUAUACAUUAGUUUAAAAUGAACGAACGUGGUUCUUCCCUAUCCCUUUUCAUGUCUUUUUGGAUUCAGUAAAAUAAAUGCUUAGAUGAUAAAA